UGUGGGUUUUUGUGGGGAGGAGGAUUUGUUGCAAAUUUGACAUUUUCAUGGUCUGACAUACUUAGCACUCGUUUAAUUCUAAACUGGGGUGCCCAACUUGGCAUUACAAAGGCAAUUAUUUCUCAUUUGUGAUUGGUCAAAUAUUGGUAACGUAAGAACAUGGCGCUGUGUGAUUGGUCAGAGCAUAUUCGAGCGGCGAACUGAGUCAUUAUUUUAUGCUAACAUUUAUCAUAAUUUGCAACCAGUUACAUUUCAUUCAAUACAUAUAUUGUACUCCCUUUUCAACGUUUUGACAGACAUUUAUAUUUUCAUUAGGUUUUAUUUAAAUCUGUCGUCAGUGGUGAGCAGCGUCAGCUCCUUCCAGGUAUCCCUGCGCUAAUCUUACUACGUAAAAGUAGUCCACUUACCGUCUCAUUGAUUUAGCGUGACAUUUUAUCCACAGAAGACUGGAAUUCAGUGUAACUGUGACGACAAAGCUCGUUGUCGUUUCUCGCAUGUUUAACUAAGUCAAAGUCCACGAUGUUAUUUGCAAGCCUCGCCGCGUAAGGAUAUGCAAUGGCUGACUCCGGUUGUAAACAUUGACUAUACCGGCACAGUAGCGCGCUAGACCAAGAUGGCUGUUAGACUCGUGCAUAUUCACAACCUUCAUCUUGUAUUUCUCUUCUGAGAAGGGCCGAAAGCUCAACGAUUACAUAGGAGUCGUUGGGCAAACAUUUUGUGUUUUUUUAUAGAAAGGAGGCAGGCGUUAUGCUGCUCUCCCAGCUUGGCUCAUUGCCCACCAUGGCGUGCAGCAUGGAGCUGCCGCCGGCCAAGCGGCAGCAAGCCAAAAAAGACAUGCCAACGUUUGAUAACGUGUACCGACUGGAGUCUGUGCUCGGCAGUGGGGGGUUUGGUACCGUCUACUCUGGGGUCCGCAUGGCCGACAGCCUGCCGGUGGCAGUGAAACAUGUGUGCAGUGACAGAGUGACUGAGUGGGGCUCUUUGUCUGACGUUGCUGUUCCACUGGAGAUCAUCUUGUUGAAGAAGGUGGGUGAGGCGUUUGGUGGCGUAGCUCGUCUCCUGGACUGGUGGGAGCGCCCGGACGGCUGGCUCAUAGUGAUGGAGCGCCCUGAGUUGGGCCAGGACCUUUUUGACUACAUCACAGAGCGUGGCGCUCUGGAUGAGGUGGCAGCACGUGGCUUUUUCCGCCAGGUGCUGGAGGCGGUGCGCCACUGCUACACGUGUGGUGUGGUCCACCGCGACAUCAAGGACGAGAACCUUCUGGUGGACUUGCGGACUGGACAGAUCAAACUCAUUGACUUUGGCUCUGGGGCGCUGCUCAAAGACGGAAUUUACACUGACUUUGAUGGUACAAGAGUAUACAGUCCACCAGAAUGGAUCCAACUCAGACGGUACCAUGGCCGCUCGGCCACCGUGUGGUCUCUGGGCGUGCUGCUUUAUGACAUGGUGUGCGGGGACAUCCCUUUCCAACAGGAUGAGGAGAUCCUGAGAGCAAAGCUCUGCUUCAAUCGUAGCGUCUCUGCAGAAUGCCGGCAGCUGAUUGGCUGGUGUCUCAGCCUGAAGCCCCAUGACCGUCCAACCCUGGAGCAGAUCUUCCUCCAUCCAUGGGUGACGUUUCACAGCGGCGACAAGGAGGAGAGCACCACACUUCACGCCGUCACAGCUGACCCCUCAUCAUCAUCUCAGGAAUGCAUCUGAUUUGUCUGUCAAACAGCGGAGGAGCAUCAGGUGGAUGUUCUCAGGCUCUGGAGAUGUGUAGAAUGUUCCUAUAGAGCCAACCUUCCAACCCAAAUGAGCUUUAAGCGAACACUGAACAUUUUUAGUCACAAAACAAUCCAGUCAUAUUCCUCCUGAGCUCUCCUGUGAUGACAUACUAUAGUCUUCUUUAUCCAUUAAGCUUUUUCUGUUGACCAGAAAAAAUCAGUCCAAAAAUGUUGAAGCUGACAAAUGCUGUAGUGUUUCUCAUUCACUUUAUUUCACUACAGUCUUUUUGUACCUUUUUUUGUCCCUGUCUGUUCCUCACGCACAGCCAAUGCAAUGAUACAGUUUUGUAGUGAGUAUAUAUUCUAUUUGCUUUUUAUAUGUGCAUAUUUUGUACAGUUUUUUUUUUUUAAUUUAUAGAGAGAACAUUCCUCACUCUUAUUUAUAUUUUCACUUUUCUGAAAGACUUUUGUUUUGAUAAUGUUUUUGUUUUAGUCUUGCUGAGCUGCAUGUUUUUUUGUUCGGCCUGAUUCCAGUUUUGAAAUACAAAGUUACAGUGACAGAAGAAAAAUAUUUUUG